GGGAUUAGAGCGGUCGCAAACAGGCAAACUGUUAGUCUUUAAGGCCUGUUUUAACCGCAAAUUUUCACUUCAGCACAGUGUUUUCAAGGGUCACUCCUCACUCUUUUCGCUAGCAAUUGACGCUUCGAGUUUAUCAAAUAAUCAUGACUACCAUCGCAUUCGGAGGCGGCCCAAGUCUGGAACAAAGGAGGUCUUUUGCCGCUCUAAAGGAAGGCGCCCAUGUUCCGGGGUACAGAGGCUACUGCCCACAAAUCAAAUACAGAGUUGGCCAAACAUAUGGACAGGACACUCACGACUUAGCCAAGGGAAAACACCAAGUGAAGACGCAGUAUGGAAUUCUAAGUCCUGUGGUCAAAGAAACAAUAAUGAAUCGUUUACCUGAAUCAACAGGUGAUAAUAAAUACACUGAGAACAUGGUUCCUGGAUACACUGGCUAUGUCCCUGGGAUGACAUUUAAGUUCGGCAACACGUACAAGGAGGAAUGUGACAGCUGCAUAGACAACCUCAUCACAGGCCAAAGAACUGCAGACAUGAAACAGGCCGAUCUCAGAUCCCAGGUAGCGAGUUACCCACGCCUGACCGCGGUCUCGUACGACCCCCAUGUCAGAGACUAUCUCAACCUGUACAGGGACACACAUCCAAGACAACCCCUCAUGCAAGAUGACAAGAGAGCUUUCACAGAACCCCCCAUGCCUGGUUACCAAGGUUACAUACCUAGGAUACGACCCACUGAGCUGGGGCUGGGGUGUCGGUACCACACAGCGACGAAAAACGGCCUGGAAGCAUUUAGUGGUGAAACCAUGAGACAUAUGGCAAAAGAGAAGACAUUUGCAGGAUUCCCAACCAACAGUAUGAGUCAAGACAAGCUCUCUAUGAAGGUUGUUCCUGGGUUUGGACGGCGACUUUACAUGACGGAUGGGAUGAUCCCAAAAUACACAGGAUAUGUCCCACAGAGACGAUACGCAUUUGGAAAGACGUACGGUGACACGACAAGAUCCCUGGAAGUGUGCGCUCACCCCAGCUCUUCAUUUGGGGAGUACGUUAAAUUAAAAGGCCAUUAGGGUACUCACACAUACACAUAUGUAUUAUUCAGAGUUAAGUAUUAUUUGACCGUGACUACAUUAUAUGGAUGUGAACUUACCACAAACAAGAGACCGGUAUAACAGACUGUACUACAAAACAUGUACCAGUCUUUUGUUCACAGUAUUACAUUUGGGUGAUAAUUCAGUGGUGGUUUUAGCCAUUUGUUGCAUAUCGCUGUAAUGUUCAGUGAAGCAUUGGGGUAAUUUCAUUACAUAUACUUGUAGGGGUACUUCACUUUUUGCAUUCCUGUUUUGCCAAGUAUUUGUCAAAGUGGGAGGAAUUGGGUUGUUGGUUAGGUUAUAGAAGGAUCGGGGAGAAAUGGAUAACAUAGAAACGUGUCUAUUUUGGUUCUUGUGUUAGUGACAUUUAAUUCAGAGGGGAUUUUUGUUUUGUUAGGGAUAGCGUUCUAUGAUUUAAAGCCUAUUCAAAGCUGUUGUCUUCUGUAUAUUGUUGUUACAUAUUGAAAUAAAAUUUGGAAGAUAUUAUAUAUAAAUUCAUUCGUAUGCUCACCAUUUGAGAAACAAAUAUCUGAGAGCAUUUUUAUGUAGACUUAAUAGUGUGACAUGCAUGAGGAUUAAAACUGUGAGGAUUGAACAUCUGCAUGUACAUGGAUUCCAAACCAGCUAAUACAGGGUGUAACCAUGAAAGAUGAAGAUCAAUAUUGUGGCAUUCUGUUUUGAAUGAAGUCAGAAUGAAGUCUUGUCCCUGAGCAUUACUAACAUUUGUGUAUUUUGUAAAACUUACAAGUAGUACUACAGGGUUUCAAAACCGUGAAAUGAUUAAUAAAACAACAGGUGAGGAUUAAAACAGAGAAAUUAGACUUGAAAAGUAAGAGGGGGAUUUUUCGGCAGGGUAGUAUUCUGCUGCAGGUGCUACGAGUCCUGAGCCGAAAAUUCUGUGCCGUGUCCUAUUUUUGUCUUUGUCAGUACUAAUGAUGUUACAUUAAAACAUCGAAUGCUUCGGUAUACACUGAUGAAUAGAUAGCAGAUCAGACCAACUUUUCAUAAUUAACAAAAAGGUCAUUUUUGUGACAACCCCCCCCCCCCCUUUGUACACUUCAACAGAUACUAUUCACCAGUUUUUCACUUUCUGUUCAUCUCUGAUUGUUAAAAUUGCUAUCUUGUAUAAUGUACGUUAGACUGUUACUUGAAGUGGGAAAUUAUUUAUUUUGUUUAUAAAUUGCUAAGCCAGUUUUAAUGCUGUAUUUUACAACACAAGGGUCUGUGAUACAGUAUAUAUAUUUAUUUGCUUACAUUUUACCAUAUGUUUGUGCAUCUGUGAUAUAGCUUCUUGCUUUAUUUAUUUUGGUAAUAAAUGCUGUGUAUUUGCAUGAUUUUUUGCAAGUUUAUUAAUGAUUCUAAAAAUAAGCUGUAAACAGUUGCCGAUCUUGUAUUCCCUUUGAUAAAAAAAAAAUUUAAUUCAAGACUGUUAAUUGUGGGUAAUUCUUGAAAGGGUAUGUAUUCACAUCCUUUGUGUUCUGGUGGGCACAAGAUUUUUUUCCUGUGUCACAUGAUAAUACAUGACCUCCUUCUUGGUACUUUUUGUUUCGUGGACAUAUUUGUUUGGAAUACAUAAAGAAGG